CACCACGAAUACAAACAAAAACAAAACGAUUCAUUCCCAUUUAGACAGACGUGAAUGCUUAGCUGAGUUAUUUACUACUAAAAAACACAAACAAUGAUAGUUUUAAUAAGCUAGGGACACCUUUCGAGAGCCUGAACUUCUGAUUAAACGAUGAGAUUUAGUGAAGUUGCGUCAGAGUUGUUUUAAAAUGGGAUAUUGAUGAACGUAAUUGUUAUCAAUGGGUAAUUAUAGGUGUGAGAUUAUACGUACGUUGUGGGCGUAGCUGAGAAUAUUUAAUCUUUUCUCGUUUGCCAAGAACUUCUACAGAGCAUAAUGGCUGUCAUGACAGCAAGUGUGCUGAACAAUUUUGCGGACUUGGCUCUUUCACUUCCGACUCCGUCCUUAGAAGCAACUAUCAAACAGAAUCCUUCUAUUGUAGACUCUACAGGCUAUGAUGGGAGAACGGCCCUGCAGAAGGCGGUAAUGGUGGGGAAUCUGCCAGUGGUGAGAUUGCUUCUUCAGUAUGGAGCAGACCCGAACCUAAGAGCUCAGUCAGGCGAGACUGCAGUUCAUGUUGCUUGUUGUCGAGGCUUCCUGAACGUGGUGGUCACGCUGUUCAAGCAUGGAGGUGACCCCAUGAUUUUGGAUAGUGCCGGGAGAGUUGCGGUACAUUGUGCAGCCAUUGCUGGAUCCCUGUUGUUAAUACAGUAUUUAGCUGAAGUGUGUGAGGUUAACCUUGAGGCGGAGGACGCCCGUGGCUGCACCCCGUUGCACAUUGCAGCCGCCUGUGGUCAUCUGGAUCUUGUGCAAUAUCUUGUGAAUAAGAAAAAAGUGAAUCGUACAAAAGUGGACAGUGAGGGUAACAGCGUGUUGCAUGCCGGAGCUGCAGGUGGGGUGUCGGGAGUGUGCUGGGCGAUCACAUACCCAGGUGCUGAAAGCCUCCUUACAACUCACAAUGCUGCUGGUCUUACGCCUACUCAGGUUGCGCAGGCCUCGCUCUCUGUCUCCCCAGACUGCCGCAAGUGGCUGGAGAAGUGGACACACCAGUACUCUCGAAGCGGAGCGGUUGAGUCCCCUCGCUGGCCCUGGCUCAUACAGCUGUUAACCCCCGUGACCUUGUUCUAUAUUGGCAUUAUUCUGUCUGUCCUGGCAAUGCCCCAUCACCAGUGGAUGGUCGGAGCCCCGGUGUUCAUUGUGGCUCUGACGGUGAUGGCCAGACAGCAACACCGCAUGAAGCAUCCAGUUAGAUGGCCAAACCCCAUAUACCUUGGAGCAUAUGGAGGAGGACUCUUUUCUACAAUAGCGUGCUACAUCAUCUCAGUGGAAGCUUACCGGCAUGAAUAUCUCAUUGUAUCGCUUGUGAUGUGGAUUGUGGCCGGCUUUCAUAUAGGACUCUUUUACAAACUGAUAACAGGUGAUCCAGGUAUAGUACGUGCUGAAGGGCCACUUCAGGAGGUGCUAAGAGGUGUGGGUGAAGGAGUGGUCCGGGGCUACUGCUCGGAGUGCCAGCUCGCCAUGCCCCCUCUCUCGCAUCAUUGCCGCCUGUGCGUCAAGUGCCACCAUCAGAUGGACCACCACUGCCUGUUCCUCAAUACUUGCAUUGCGUCCAACAACCACUGGCACUUUGUUGUGUUCGUGAUGACAAAUCUCUUGCUGAUGGUGGGGUUCGUGCAUGGGGCGUUCAUUGCCACCAUGCCCAAAACAGACGAAGGAGACUGGGUAGAGAGGCUGUUAGCGCAUAUUUUGUAUCUCCUGAAUGAAAAUGUGUGGGCCCUGCUAAUGAUAAUAUGCAAUGUUGUCUCCUUCGUAUGGGGCUUCCAUCUUUUAAAAGGCCAGUUCAAAGUCAUUGGGUCUCAACAAACAACACUAUGCCGCCUAAAGCUUGGAACCCCUUUGGCCAAACUGACGAUGAAGGAGAGGAUGAAGAACGUGUGGAGUUUCCUUGUUCGCGGCAGAGUUCCGUUAAGCAAUCAGACUCAUUACUUCAACCAAGUCUAGCUCUCGGGUGUUACGUAGUAGUUUUAUUUUGACAUGUCAUGUUUUUUUUCUUUGUCUUUUCUCUAUAGCACAAUGCUCGUUUUAGAAUUAUGUCAGGGCAGCCAAGAUGAAAGUCCUCCUUCCUUACAAACUCUGUGUGUGUUUUACCUGAAUAUUUUCUUGAAUUCUUACUCAAACUGUGUCGUAUCAAAAACGUGGCUCGGAUUUGUAAUGCAUGCUGAGCCACUUCUGCUUUAUGUAUGUUGCAUUAUGUGUAUUUCAUUCAUAGUUCACAUGUGUAUUGUAGUUUCAUUUAGUUGUUUAGUGCUUGUGUUAUUCAGUUGUCUUAAAAUCAUAUACCAAGUGAUGUGUUGUAAGUCACUCUCAAACUAUAUUGUUCAUUUUUUUUUCAAAUGUUUGCUGAACCGGUUGCACCUGAAUAAUUUGCUGUGAUAAAUGAGCCAGGUAGUAAUUUUAGAUGGAGGAGAAAAAAAGAUGUCCUGGGAUAAGUUAUGUGAAAAAAAACACAUUCAAAUUCUUGCUAAUGAUUUGCUCUACUGAACAUUUUUUUUUAUUCUGUAUUCAUUCAGCUUUGAGUUUUAAAGAAUUUUAUAUCUAAACAUUAUAUGAUAUCAUUUGUAACAUACUUCAGGGAAACUAGUUAUGUUUCCAAAUGAACCCAGUUCUUUUACUCUGAAAAGUCAUUUAAAGGGGACCCAGUUAUUAAUAUAAGUAUUUGCAUUAUGUUACCAAAGGAAGUUUGCUUCUUGUGAAGUUAAUGAUGCCGAGGGAGGGAGUGUAAAGACUUGCUGCCUUUUUGUAGAACAAGACAUUCCAGAAAAAAGUGUUUCUUUACAGAUUUAUUCUUACAACAGAGAUAACAAAAUAUUUACAAGUAUUUUUACUGAAUGUAUAAUUUUGUCAGUAAAUUUAGAUAUUCUUUUGUAAUGAAAAGGCAGUUCCCUUGUCUAAAUAUCAUCAGAAAAAUGCAUAAAUCAUCAAAAAGAUUUUGAUUAUAUUACUAGCUUUGUAAUAAAGAUGAUAAAAACAUGAAAUUUUAGUACGUGAAAAGAGGAGUUACAAUUUUAUCAGAUAUUUUGAUAGGUGUCUAUGAAAGUCAUAGAAUUUUAAGGUACUAUUUUCCAAUUUUGUGAAGGCCUGGAUGAAGGAGAGCUAGCAUUAUGUUUUAUUUUAGGUGUUUUUAAAAAUGCCAAAUGGACAUUACAUUGUUUUUUAUCUUAAUUUCUUCUCCUUUCUGUAAUUUUGUUUUUGUUUUUCCUAGCUGUAUAAAAAUUUGUUAGCUAGUUUUGAUUAAUAGUUAUACAGCAAGACAUUGAAUGAAUAGUUUUUUGUCUUUUUUGACUGUAUUUUAAACAUGUAAAUUCCAGAGCUUGUGUGCAAAUACAUAACAUUUUUUAAUUAGCCCACAAUUAUUUUAUUCCUUAGUUUAUGGAUUUUAUUUUUGAAAAGCUCUGACACGUGAUAGCAAAAUAAAAUUAAAGUAAUUAGGUAUUUUUUUAGAACAGUUUAUUGAUUUCUGGAAACAUGAAACAGGUGGUAAAAAAAUAAAUGAAAUACCGGUGACAAAACUACAUCACGUCUGUAAUCGGUAUUGUUCAUGUGCCGACAGACAGGAAUGAUCUCCUUCGACAGAACCGGUGGCAUAUUGUGCUUGAGACAAAUGAGAAACACCAUCAGUUUUGGAGGUUUCUAUUGGUUAAAUCUACGAACCUUGACUCCAGCACCUUCAGAUGUAUUGUGAAUCGUGUACACAUCACUGGAAAACAAAUGAUGAGGUUAUAAUUACAUCUGCAUUGAUUUAUUUUCAUUGGCAGUAAAGUAAAAAAGUUGAUUUUACAAAUAUUUUUACACAUCGAAAACCAGUUGUAUCGGAUUAGCUGCGGUGGGGAAAAAAGUCAAUUUCUCUAUUACUUCAUAUUUUUGGAAAUCGGGAAAAACAAGUGUGGCAGAUCCAUAAACCAAGGAAUAAAAUAAUUGUCACCUUAUUUAUUUAAAUAUGAUUACAUUUGAGCAUAAUAACAAAUUUGAAGUUCCUUUUUUUUAUUUGAUUAGAAAAUAGAGCUCAAAACUAACAUAUUCUUGUAUGAAACUGACCUAGGAACUACUUAAAAUUGUGUGGGAUUUUUGUGAAAUUAUAAAACUAUAAUUCAAAUUAAAAAAAAAACUGUGCCAAUUAGAUAUGAUUAGAUAAAGAUCCGAAAAAGGUAAUAAAUAUGUAAACAGUGUU